GGUCCUAUCAUUGUUAGUGUCUUAAACAAAUCUUGGCUUUAUUUAUUUGUUUAUUUAUUGAUUGUUUUUUUUUUUUUUUUUUGUUGAGCAUAUAGUGUGGGUGGUGAAAAAGGAGAGAGUGUGUAUAUAAGUAAAGAAAGAAACCAAGAAAAGGGCACAAAGCCAAGAGAGAGGCUUUAUAGUUUUUUGGAUCAAGAAUUUGCUUGGGGAGCAAAGAAUUUGACUUUGUUUUAAGGAAAAUAAAGGAAAGAAAUGGGGAGAGGUAGGGUUGAGUUGAAGAGAAUAGAGAACAAGAUCAACAGGCAAGUGACCUUUGCAAAGAGAAGAAAUGGACUAUUGAAGAAAGCAUAUGAGCUUUCUGUUCUUUGUGAUGCUGAGGUUGCUCUCAUCAUCUUCUCUAAUAGAGGAAAGCUGUACGAGUUUUGCAGUAGUUCAAGCAUGCUCAAAACUCUUGAGAGGUACCAGAAAUGCAACUAUGGAGCACCAGAGCCAAAUGUGUCUGCAAGGGAGGCUUUGGAGCUAAGUAGUCAGCAGGAGUAUUUGAAGCUUAAAGCUCGCUAUGAAGCCCUGCAACGAUCUCAAAGGAAUCUUCUUGGAGAAGAUCUUGGCCCUCUCAGCAGCAAGGACCUUGAGUCACUUGAAAGGCAGCUUGAUAUGUCAUUGAAGCAGAUCAGGUCAACACGGACUCAGUAUAUGCUAGAUCAGCUCACUGAUCUACAACGCAAGGAACACAUGCUGAACGAAGCAAAUAAGACCCUGAAACAAAGGGUAGGUUACUCCCCAAAUUAUUUGGUGGAAGGAUACCAAGUAAAUGCAAUGCAGCUGAAUCCAAGUGCAGAAGAUGUAGGGUUUGGCCGCCAAGCAGCUCAGCCUCAGGGUGAUGGCUUCUUUCAUCCCUUAGAUUGUGAACCCACUUUACAAAUUGGAUACCACCCUGAUCAAAUAGUAGUCACUGCUGGCCCAAGUGUGAAUAAUUAUAUGUCAGGAUGGUUACCUUGAUAAAGAAGAGUCAUUCUAUCAGGCCAUUGGAAUGCGUUCCUUCCAUAAGAAUGAGGAAAUUUAUCUUUUGUAUGGUAUUUGAUGGAACAAUCAGUUGUAAUUUGGAUCUAUAUAUUGUAAUUUCUGUACCUUAGGAACAGUACAAGUAAUGUUGUGUGUAUGUGUCCAAGAACUGCACUACUUCCUUUAGCAGUUGCAGGCUUUGGUUUGAAAAUAAUUGUCAUCAAUUUGCUUGCAAAUCAGACCAUUUAACGAGUUUCUAUGUACUUUGCACUUCCUUUUA